GGCCAUACCCAGAACCAUAUCUGUUUAUCGGUGAAAAUUCUGGAAUCGACGCAAUUGAUUUGCUAACUCAUGGUAAAACUGUCGUUAUUCCUGGACUUAAAGAGAAUUACGGGAUGGCAACUGACAAAGCGGAAAUGAAAAUAUACUUCAGAAACGGCAGCAGUAUAUCCAGGGCUAACCUUGAUGGCACCGAUGUUGAAGUUUUUUUGGAAAAUGCUAAUAUUUGGAAGAUGGAAUUUGACUGGAUAACACGUAGACUAUUCUGGAGAACUUGGGCAGAGGGGCGGAUUUACUUAAUGUAUUUGCAUAAUAAAAAGAAAAGACAGCUGACAGAAGCAGGGGUUACGAACAUCGAUAUAGCAAUGGAUCCGACAGUAGGGUAA